AUGAAGCAGUGCGUGCUGUUGUUGUUGGCUUUUGUGUGCGUCCAUGGUGCCCCUGCAGGGGUCCUUCCACGGAGUUCCUGCAAAGAUGUAACCAAUGUUGCUGAAGAAGCUAUAGACAAAAUCAACCAUGAUCGAACCACAGGUUAUGUCUUCAGCCUGGAACGUGUCAGCAACGUCCAUCAGAUACAACAUGGUGAAACCGGGGUGGUAUUGUAUCUAACAAUUGAUAUCCUCGAGACCAAAUGCCAUGUCCUCAGUAAGAAGAAUUAUAAAGAGUGUGAGACUAGGACCAUUGCUGAUAAUCCGGUGUAUGGUCAGUGUAAGGCUGUGGUAUAUGUAAACAGACCUCACAGAGUCAUUCGUCUCUACAAAUACAGCUGUACCGUCAGACCACUUUCUGCCACCACAAUCAGUAAAGUGUGCCCUGACUGCCCAAUUCUGAUCUCACUGGAUGAUACAGAAGUGGAAAAGGCGGUGAAGAUCGGUUUAGAGAAGUUUAAUAAGGAGAGUGCACUCCCAAAUUACUUUGCUCCUCUUAAUAUUACAAGAGCAAUUUCACAACUUGGGAUGAUCAUUAUGUACAAUGUGGAGUUCACCAUUCAGGAGACAGUUUGCUCCAACAAAACUGAUAUAUCUGAGGUUUCAAAAUGUGACCUCAUGACCUGCGAGUUUGCACACAAAGGAUUCUGCACAGCCACACACACUCGUGUCAAUGAUGAAGAAUUCAUUGAAUCUAAGUGUGAAAUCUAUGAACCUGAGGCUGCAGAGGACGAAAAGAAGCACCAUUUCGGAAAGACGGACCAUCAUCACAAGAACACUGAUGGUGUUCUCCAAUCUUAUUCACAUGACCAUACUCACGAUCACACAGUCCCCCAUUCCCAUCCAACUACACAUGACCAUGAUCACAAUAAAGAUCAAGGGCGCCACCACACCCAUGAGCACAAUGAGGGACAUGAUAAAAGUCAUUUCCAUACCCACUCCCAUGAGCACAGCCAUGAUCAUGAACAUGUCCAUGUACAUCACGACCAAGCCCACAACCACACACAGCACCAGGGUAUACACCCUGCCCACCACAACUAUGGACAUGCCGAAGGUGAGACACAUGAGCAUGAUCAUGACUUGGCGUUGGACCAUGAGCAUAAGCAUGGACACCUCCACGAGCACGAGCAUCAUCACCACCAUCACCAGCACCCACUUGAAAUCACUGUGAGAAAGCCUGAAGGAACUGUCCAAGUCCUCUCAUCACUGGAUAGACCCGUGACCCUUCCAAUCUUUCCUGAUCAGCAUGAGAAACCCGACAUGCCCACUGGUCUCCCACUGCGCCCUGACCCAGAGAUACCAGGACUGUUCGAGCCUGUUAUUGGCAAAUUCCCCAAAACUGUAUCCCCUGACUGCCCAGCAGAGUUCAAGAACAACAACAAGCUCAUCAAAGAUGCCUUUGCUGAGGAUCCGGUCUUCAAAGUCCAGCCAGUUUCAUGA